GGCGGGCUCGGGAUCCCCGGGGCCCGGGCUUCAGGGCCAGGGAGGGCCCGCCGGGGACUGAGGCAAGUGUGGGUCCCGGCAGGGCCUUGGCUCCCUGGGCCCGUCCGCCCGGUAAAAGGGGUGUCGCUUUGCGGCGUGCGCACCCAAAGAGAACCCGGUCCGCGGUGGUUCUUGGGCGAUCCAGUCUCGAGCGCGACGCUCUUGCCUUGGUGCAGCCUUCCACAGACUGGCCGAGUGUGUGUUCCCAUCGUUUAGGAAAGGAACGCGGCGUCUGUGAAUGUCUGCCAUGCGUAGUUGCGAAGACCGGACGAGCUCGUAACGUUAUUACUGCUGUUUUAUGUGUCCCAGCGCUGCAGGAUAAGCCUCAUUUCUUUUCAUGGCUCCUUUUUGUGUGUGUUCUUGAUCUGCCUUCUCAGGACACUACUCUUCUUUAAGACAAGAGCCUGGGAAGGAGGACUGUGUUGACAAGUCAUGUUCCAGGUGACAUUUAGUGAUGUGGCCAUAGACUUCUCUCAUGAAGAGUGGGGAUGGCUAGAUUCUGCUCAGAGGGAUUUAUACAAGGAUGUGAUGGUCCAGAAUUAUGAGAACCUGGUUUCUGUAGCAGGUCUUUCCAUACCUAAGCCAUAUUUGAUCAGUUUACUGGAGGAUGGGAAAGAACCUUGGAUGGUGGAGAAAAAAACGUCAAAAGAUUGGGAAUCAAGAUGGGAAAACAAGGAAUUACUAAUGAAGGAGGAUAUUUAUGAUGAAGAUUCACCCCAAAUGGUAAAAAUAGAAAAAGCUAUAAAACAGAGUCAUGAAUUUUCAGAUUUUAACAACGACUGGGAAUAUAUAGAUGGGACGCAUGAAAAUCAGGUAGAACAUUUCAGACCAGUGACCCUCACCUUUAGAGAAAGUGCCACUGGGGAAAGUGUUUACAAAUACGAUACAUUUAGAAGCAUCUUCCAUUUAAAGUCUAUUCUUUCUGAACCACAGAGAAUUUCUGCUGAAGGGAAAUCACAUAAACAUGAUAUAUUUAAGAAGAGCUUACCAAAAAGAUCUGUUACAAAAAAUGAGGAGAUCAGUGGUGGUGAAAAGAAACUUUUGAAUUCUAAAGAAAGUAUGGCAGCUUUCAGCCAGAGCAAAUCUCUUACCCUUGAUGAGACUUAUAAUAGAGAAAAAGUCUAUACAUGCAACGAAUGUGGGAAAGCCUUUGGCAAACAAUCAAUCCUUAAUCGCCAUUGGAGAAUUCAUACAGGAGAGAAACCAUAUGAAUGUCAUGAAUGUGGAAAGACUUUUAGCCAUGGCUCAUCCCUAACUCGACAUCAGAUAAGUCACAGUGGAGAGAAACCUUACAAAUGUAUCGAAUGUGGGAAGGCCUUUAGCCAUGUGUCCUCACUUACUAAUCAUCAGAGUACUCACACUGGAGAGAAACCAUAUGAAUGUAUGAACUGUGGAAAGUCAUUUAGUCGUGUUUCACAUCUCAUUGAACAUCUGAGAAUUCAUACACAAGAAAAACUGUAUGAGUGUCGAAUAUGUGAGAAAGCCUUCAUUCAUAGGUCAUCUCUCAUUCACCAUCAGAAAAUUCAUACUGGAGAGAAACCUUAUGAAUGUAGUGAAUGUGGAAAAGCCUUUUGCUGUAGUUCACACCUUACUCGACAUCAAAGAAUUCACACUAUAGAGAAACAAUUCGAAUGUAACAAAUGUCUCAAAGUCUUUAGCAGCUUAUCAUUUCUUAUUCAGCAUCAGAGUAUUCAUAAUGAAGAAAAACCUUUUGAAUGUCAAAAAUGCAGGAAAUCCUUCAACCAGCCAGAAUCCCUGAAUAUGCAUUUAAGGAAUCACUCUCGAUUGAAACCGUAUGAAUGCAGCAUUUGUGGGAAAGCCUUCAGUCAUAGGUCAUCCUUGCUUCAACAUCACAGAAUUCACACUGGAGAGAAGCCCUAUGAAUGUAUUAAAUGUGGGAAGACUUUCAGCUGUAGUUCAAAUCUUACUGUACAUCAGAGAAUUCAUACUGGAGAAAAGCCAUAUAAAUGUAACGAAUGUGGGAAAGCUUUUAGCAAAGGCUCAAAUCUUACUGCCCAUCAGAGAAUACAUAAUGGAGGUAAACCCAGUAGUGCACUAAGUGUAGAAAAGUCUCUAGGCCACGUGAAUCAUUAUACAUGUGAAAAAUCAUACAAGAGAGAAACUGUAUGAAUGCAAUAUUUGUCAUAAUACACUUCAGCCAUAGAUCUUUCCUGAAAAUUUAUACUGGAAAAAAGAAUGUAAUGAAUAUGGGAAGGUCUUUAGCCAGUGGUACAAGCCUUACUGUCCAUCACAGUUCAUACUGUAGAGAGAACAUUUGUUGCCUUCAUAGGAAAGUCUUUAGCCCAUAUUAAUCCCUUAAUUGGCAUAAGUAAAUCCACACUGGAGAAAAACCCAAUAUGUGUAACAUGGGAAAGACAGGCAAUAUGCAUCUCUUCUUGAAUACACACAGGAGAGAAGGAAAACGAAUAUAAAAACUGUGGGAAGUCUCAGUUAAAGUGUAUCCCUUAUUCUAUAUCAUCUCACACUGGAGAGAGCUCUAGGAGAAAUGUAGCAAACCAUUCACUAAGAGUUCUUAUCUUGCUAGACAUCAGAAGAUUAAUGCUAGAACAGCAUGAAGGAUGUAGGAAUUAUGUGUAAAUCUUUCUUUGCAAUAAUGCCGUUUGUAAGCAGUUCUACAGGAGAGCAAAUGAGUAGAUUAUAAAUGAAUAUGCCUUUCUGAUAGCAGUAAGCAUGCAAUUUUACUCAAGUCCUACAUAGAAGUUUUGUUAGCUAAUGGGCAUGUAAAGAUAUUUAGUCAACCAGUGGAUCCAAAAAAUGUUUUUAAAGUUAAAAAUUAAAGCUGCAAAAGAAGUAAAAGGUGGUGUGAAUAAAGUUUUUGAUCUCUAAUAAAACCAAUUUGUAUAUAAUACCCUC